AUGAGUCUCGCUUGUCCUAUUUAUGCACCAUUUUUCGGUUUUGCUGGAGUUGCGUCGGCGAUGGUUCUCAGCUCUGUUGGGGCGGCAUAUGGAACUGCUAAAGCUGGAAUUGGAAUUGCGGGUAUGGGAACCUUUAGGCCUGAACUUAUUAUGAAGGCGGUUGUAAUGGCGGGUAUUAUAGCAGUAUACGGCUUGGUAAUUUCAGUACUUAUAGCCGCUGCACUUACACCGAAUAAUGCUUAUUCUUUAUUUGCGGGAUUUAUCCAUUUGGGAGCUGGACUUGCCGUGGGAUUGUCUGGUAUGGCAGCAGGAUACACUAUUGGAAUUGUCGGUGAUGCUUGUGUGAGAGGAUAUGCACAACAAUCACGUCUUUUUGUCACUAUGGUUUUGAUCCUAAUUUUUGCAGAAGUACUGGGUCUGUAUGGACUAAUCGUUGCUUUGAUUUUAAAUACAAAGGCAGAUAGUUCUUGUUGA